AUGAUGUCCACCACGAACCUCACUCUCCAAUUGAGACCUACAGUUCCGUCAAGCAUCACCCUGGACCCUCUCUUCACUCUUCUCUAUGAAGACAAUCGGAAGGCGUUGACUCACUUGAUCGACCGCAAGGCGCCUCUUCCCCUCAACGAUGUCCUCGAGAAUGCCACCUUUGUGGAAUUCGUCAUGAGCAAGGAACCAGGCCCCAAAGUCGAAUACCAGAACAUUCGCCCUGCCUUCACAGCCUUACGUGCAUACUUGGUUCUCUCUCCCACUGGAAAGAAGCUCAUGACUUUCUACAAAACUCUCCUUCAAAUGCAGGCUCGCUGGGUCAUCGCCACGGUCGAGGUGCUUACCUUCGACAUCUAUGUCAAACUCACCCAAGUCCUCUACAUUGACCGGGACGACAAGAGGCUUAUGGCUCAAAUGAUCAAAUAUGUUCCAGAUGCUGCAGUCAGAAUCGCAACUCACACCACUGGUGACCGGACCGCAUUCAACAAGUCAAUCUUCGCUCAGAAGAAGCGCCUCACAAGUGCUGUUGUUACCGCAGCCGAAACCCUCUUCAACUAUAAAGUCUCCCCAGAAUUCGUGCAAAACCAUGGCAAGUUACUCGUCGCAAUUGAACUCGGCGGGAAGAAGGUCCAAGCAGCCCGCGAGAAUCAUGUUCGUCACCAGGCCAAGAUCCACCAGGCUCGAGAACGUAACAAGGCGAUGGAUGCCAGACAAAUAGGCAUGGCCGGAAUGAUUCCACAACUUCCUCGCUUCGAAGAUUCCUCUCUUGAAUAUGUCAACGACAUGAAAGAUGAGUGCUUGCCAUCCAAUGACGAUUUCUCCGCAUGA